CGUCUAAAACCAACAAAAAUUUUAUUUAAAAAUAAUAAUAAAAGGACAACAAAUUGUAAAAAAGAAAACCUCCCAAUAAUGGAGGAGAAGUGUGGAGAGCCAUUGGAUAUUGCAGAUGAAAGAGAGAGAAACAGAAGGGAGAAGACUAAAGAGGUAUGGAGAAUCCCAAUGCUCAGACACAGACAGCGCUGUACAUUGUUCACUAUCCCCUUCUUCUCUGAUCAAUUAAACUAAAUUACUUUCCAUGUUCCCAUGAUCUAAGAAACUCAAAUAUCAAUUUCAUCAAUCAAGAAAACCCACCCCAAAGAAAAGAAGAAAGGGGAGAUUGCUUUUAGAUCACAAGGCCGCGCCUGUACUACCGACUCCCCUUCUUUCUCUUCCUUUUGUUGUCUCUCAUGCGACGUAACGGGGCGGAGGACAUGUCUGAGGACGACGAGAGGCAGCAAUCUCCGCGGUCAGAUCUUGAGUUCACUUCCAACAAGGCACGGUACUGCAAGGCUACGGGGUCUGCGUCGGAUCAUCCGGACCAGGUUCUGGAGAACGUGUUGGAAAACGUGCUCCACUUCCUCACGUCGAGACGGGAUCGGAACUCCGUUUCAUUGGUGUGCAAGUCGUGGUACCGGGUCGAGGCACUGACGCGAUCCGAGCUGUUCAUAGGGAACUGCUAUGCUGUUUCGCCAGGUCGGGCCACUGCCAGGUUCACCAGGGUAAGGGCUCUUCACUUGAAAGGGAAGCCCAGGUUCGCGGAUUUUAACCUGAUGCCGCCCGAUUGGGGGGCCCACUUCAAUCCUUGGUUGCUGGCAAUGGCCAAGCCUUACCCUUGGCUCGAAAAAGUUUACCUGAAGCGCAUGUCGGUGACGAAUGAUGAUCUGGCAACCCUGGCUGAGUCGUUUUCAGGGUUUAAGGAGCUCGUUCUCGUUUGCUGUGAUGGGUUUGGAACUAAUGGCCUUGCAAGUUUUGUUAGCAAGUGCAGACAGCUUAGGGUGCUUGAUCUGAUCGAAUCUGAGGUUAUACAUGAUGGGACAGAUUGGAUAUCUUGUUUUCCUCAGGGUGAAUCACAUCUUGAGUCAUUGAUAUUUGAUUGUGUAGAAUGGCCGAUAAAUUUUGAGGCAUUGGAAAGGCUAGUGGCUAGGUCUCCUUUACUUAAGAAGCUUAGGCUAAAUCGAUAUGUUUCAAUUGGGCAGCUGUAUCGCUUGAUGAUUCAAGCUCCACAGCUCACACACCUUGGGACAGGUUUGUUUAGCCCAUUGGAAAUUGCUGGGCAAGGUGAUCAAGAACUAGAUUAUGGAACUGCGUUUGCUGCCUGCAGAUCCUUAGUUUGUCUCUCUGGGUUUAGGGAAAUAAUUCCUGAUUAUCUGCCUGCAAUUUACCCUGUUUGUGCAAAUCUAACGUCUCUGAAUUUCAGCUAUGCCAACAUCAAUGCAGAACAGCUUAAGCCAAUUAUAAGCAAGUGCCACAAGCUCCGGGUUUUCUGGGUCCUUGAUUCGAUAUGUGAUGAAGGGCUUCAAGCAGUGGCUGCAACAUGCAAGGAAUUACGUGAGCUUCGGGUUUUCCCUAUCAAUGCACAGGAGGAUAUUGAUAGCCCCGUUUCUGAAGUGGGCCUCCAAGCUAUUUCUGAGGGUUGUCAGAAAUUGCAAUCCAUUCUGUAUUUCUGCCAGCGGAUGACUAAUGAAGCUGUCAUAGCAAUGUCGAAGAACUGUCCAGAUCUUGUUGUUUUUCGGCUAUGCAUAAUGGGGCGCCACAAGCCUGAUCCUGUGACUGGAGAACCCAUGGAUGAUGGUUUUGGAGCAAUUGUUAUGAAUUGUAAGAAGCUCACUCGCCUUGCCGUAUCUGGUUUGCUGACAGAUAAAGCUUUCGAAUAUAUUGGAAAAUAUGGGAAAUUGGUACGCACAUUGUCAGUAGCUUUUGCUGGAGAUAGUGACAUGGGGCUGAAAUAUGUUCUCGAAGGCUGUUCACAAUUGCAGAAGCUUGAGAUUAGAGAUAGCCCAUUUGGAGAUGCAGCUCUGCGUUCUGGUUUGCAUCAUUGCUACUACAUGAGGUUCCUUUGGAUGUCCUCAUGCAGAUUAACUCGACAAGGUUGCCAGGAGAUUGCUCAUGCUAUGCCUCGCCUAGUGGUUGAAGUGAUUAGGUCUGCUGAUAUGGAGAUGGAUGACUUUGUUGAAACGUUAUACAUGUAUCGGUCUCUUGAAGGGCCAAGAAUUGAUGCACCGAAAUAUGUCACCAUCUUGUAGGUAUAUGUGGUGCAGGAAACUGUUUCAAUUGUUCUAAUGGUGGAUACCAAGCAGGUUUAAACUGUUUCCCGGCGAAUUUUGACAUGGAGGGCAUCUUUUAAAUUACCCCCAUUCCCAGCAGUCCCAGUCAAGCAAAGUUGAGUAAAUAACUUCUGCUCCAAGCUUGGGCUGUUAUAUUAGCAUCAAAAGUAGACCCCCAGUGAGGGACAACAGUUCAUCUUUGCUUUGUAUUUUUGAAGGACUUUGGAUAAGGGGGGCUAGUGCAGAAAAAGGAUGUCUUUGUAAGUUAUCAGACAUUGGAUGUUCUAGUCGAAUGCAUUUAAAUUUUAUGUUUCUUUAUGUUUGCACAUUCAUUUUAUUAUCAUAAUCAAAGUUAGCCAGAAGAGAAGGGAGGAGGGGCAAUGAUAUGUGUUUUUCUGGCCAAAUUGCCUUAUCCUUUUGAUGAAGGGAUGAGAUGCUAGGUGAAGAACAAGAGUUUUAAAGGAGAUCAAGAUGGGUGGAUCUAUUUUUCCAUGCUUGCAUCAAAGAAGCAUAAGGCAGAAGCAUUUAUCCAUCUCUGAAAGAUAGUCUGCUCAUUUGGAUUAAAAUUGUAGUUUACGCUGUAGGUUUGUGAGAGCUAAAAUCCCAGAAUUGCAGAUCUCUCUUUUUUGCACCAUGUUUAUUAUUUUAAGAUAUGUUGUGGUAGCACCUGACUGUUCAAUUUAUUAUUGUUAGCAAUGUGAGAAGGGUAAUAAAGCAGCCUGACUGUUUUCCUUUUUAUUUUUCUUUUUUUAAAAAAAUUUCCCCCCUUUCUCCCUCUAGAAUGUGGAAUGAUCACUCGACAGGAAGACACGGUAGUUAUGUGUAGAAAGUGCUGUAGCUGGACCCUCUCCACCUUGUGGGAUUACAACCUCCAUCCACGUGAAAUCCCAAUUCUUAAGGAGGGAUGAAUGUUGGAUGGUACUGAUAAUUUCUCUUGUCCUGUGGAGUUUGGUGUUGUUGUACCUUUGAGUUAAUGAAAUUUUAAUGGAGUUGCAGGCGCUUGAUGCUUGAGCUUAUGAUUUGGUUGAAUUAGCUUCUGGAGACUCUGGCUGUGUGGAUUAUAAAGCAGCCAAGUCCACAGAAAUGGUCUUCUCACUCUCUUUUAUAAUUAGGAUGGAAAACCUUUCUGUCCUUAUUUGUUGGUAUUCUCCAUGGUAGGACGGUAAAAGCAAACUUAUAGUCAAAGUGGGAUCUGACUCUGCAAUUGAAGAAGUGAUGGGAAGCAAAGCUUUGGCUUUCUUUCUUGUCUAUCCAUUUGUAGGAGUAAGAAGCAAGUGGACCAAAUCCAAAUGUUUUCUUCUACCCACUGCUUCAGUGCCUAAUGGAAAAUGGGUGCUUUUCUCUCUCUCUCUAAUGACUCAUGCCUGUGCUUCGGGUCCCCCCCCGCGGCAUAGCGGCUCAGCAGAGCCAAAUAAAAAAUAUAAGAAUUGCAUGUGCUCAAGGAGUGAAUGGUAACCUGGAUGACCAUUGCCAAAGGGAUAGCAAUGGCAUGGUAGCCUCUGCUUUAGUUUUCCCUUUGAUCAUAUGCCUUUACAGUUUGAGUUUUGGCUUUUCUUUCUAAGCAACCAUCUUUGUCUCCAAGGAAAGAAAAAAGAAAAAAAAAAAAAAAAACCUUUGAUAAUAACCUUACAUUAGGUCCAGGAUUUUGCCAAACUCUUAGCCAUUUGAUAGACUUGAAAUGCCCCUUUUUGAUGGACCUAUAUCUCACAUAUCUAAUCCGUCAUUUGACAGAGAAAAACUAUAUGUGUGAUAUGUUAUGCAUUAAACUAUUGUAAUAUAUAUGCUGAAGUGAUAUUAAAUGUUGACAACUUUAUAUUCAUUGAACGUUAUUUUUUAAAUUAAAUUUAUCGUCAUUUUACUUGGUGGAUAGCCAUAGAAUGAACAGACUCUAAUCGCCAAAGUAACAAACAACG